AUGUCAGACUUACUUCAUAAACUAAAUUUUAAAAUAGCAGAUUCAUCACCCGAAUAUAAAACUCGACGAGCAAAUCAAAUGAUGAAAUUCUUUGCUUUUAGCGCAUUAUCAAUUUUUACAUUAAGAAUAAUAAAUAAACAAACAAUAAUUCGUCAAUAUAUUCCAACAUUAUUUCAACAAAACCAUGCCCCACCAACAUCUUGUAAUUUCACAACUGAUGCAGCAGUAGCUGUUGGAGCAGGUACGUUAGCUUGUGGAUCCAUUUCGGGAAUGUUUAUGUUUGGAAUUGCAUGGAUCUUAGAUGUUUCGAAUUUUAAAGAAUUUGGGUAUAGAAUGAAAGGAAUUAUGGGAGGGAAUGAAAAUUUAAAAAAAUUGAGUGAAAUGGAAAUGGAUGAAGAACUGAGAUCUGUUCAAGAUGGAUUAAAUGAUUUAUUGGAUGGGAAAUAUGAUGUUGAUUAUGAUGAAAAAGAUUUAAUUAAUAAAAUUAAUGAACAUAAGUCUGGUUAA